GUUCCCGCGUUGAGCCUCGUCGCCGCCUCCGCCUCUCCCGCCGCCGCCAUGUCCGACUAUAGCGCGGGCGGGCCGCCGCCGCCCUCAGCUGGGCCGCCGGGCGGAGGAGCCGGAGCUGCCGGGCCGCCGAGUCAGGCAGGUGGAGGAGGAGGAGGAGGAGGAGGCGCUGGUGGGGCCGGGCAGGCUGGGGGAGCGGCGGGGCCCGGGCCCGCCGGGAUCCGGAAAGACGCCUUCGCCGACGCGGUACAACGCGCACGGCAGAUAGCAGCAAAGAUUGGGGGAGACUCAACCACAACAGUGAACAACUCCACCCCUGACUUUGGAUUUGGUGGUCAAAAGAGACAACUGGAGGAUGGAGACCAGCCAGAAAGCAAGAAGCUGGCUGCUCAGCCAGAACCUUUGCCACCACCCCCUCAACUCGGACCGAUCCACCCACCCCCCAGGUCUACAGUGACUGAAGAGUACAGAGUACCUGAUGGCAUGGUGGGACUCAUUAUAGGCAGAGGCGGGGAACAGAUCAACAAAAUACAGCAGGACUCUGGAUGCAAAGUACAGAUCUCGCCAGACAGCGGAGGGUUGCCGGAGCGGAGCGUCUCUCUGACAGGAUCCCCAGAUUCGGUCCAGAAGGCAAAAAUGAUGCUCGAUGACAUUGUGUCCCGAGGGCGUGGAGGGCCGCCCGGUCAGUUCCACGACAACGCCAACGGACAGAACGGGACAGUACAAGAAAUCAUGAUCCCGGCGGGAAAGGCAGGCCUGGUGAUCGGCAAGGGAGGGGAGACCAUUAAGCAGUUGCAGGAGCGGGCUGGAGUGAAAAUGAUUUUAAUUCAGGACGGUUCACAGAACACAAACGUAGAUAAGCCUCUUCGGAUAAUCGGAGACCCUUACAAAGUACAGCAAGCUUGUGAAAUGGUAAUGGACAUCUUGCGAGAACGGGACCAGGGAGGCUUCGGUGACCGGAAUGAGUACGGUUCAAGGAUUGGUGGAGGAAUCGAUGUCCCUGUGCCCAGGCAUUCCGUCGGUGUGGUUAUCGGGCGUAGCGGAGAGAUGAUUAAGAAAAUACAAAAUGACGCUGGAGUUCGGAUACAGUUCAAGCAAGAUGAUGGGACAGGCCCAGAGAAAAUUGCCCACAUUAUGGGUCCCCCAGACAGAUGCGAACACGCCGCCAGGAUUAUCAAUGACCUCCUCCAGAGUCUCCGGAGCGGGCCACCGGGUCCUCCAGGCUCCGGAAUGCCCCCCGGAGGCCGAGGACGUGGCCGAGGCCAGGGUAACUGGGGGCCUCCCGGAGGAGAGAUGACCUUCUCGAUCCCCACUCACAAGUGUGGUCUGGUUAUUGGCAGAGGAGGAGAAAACGUCAAAGCCAUCAACCAGCAGACGGGCGCCUUUGUAGAAAUAUCCCGGCAGCUGCCGCCCAACGGAGAUCCCAACUUCAAGCUGUUCAUCAUCCGGGGCUCACCUCAGCAAAUCGACCACGCCAAGCAGCUUAUUGAGGAGAAAAUUGAGGGUCCUCUCUGCCCAGUAGGACCAGGGCCUGGGCCUGGGGGGCCUCCGGGGCCAGCACCAAUGGGCCCCUUCAACCCUGGGCCUUUCAACCAAGGGCCACCUGCAGCACCUCCCCACCCGGGUGGGCCGCCGCCUCCACAGUACCCACCGCAAGGCUGGGGGAACACCUACCCCCAGUGGCAGCCGCCUGCCCCUCAUGACCCAAGUAAAGCGGCCGCAGCGGACCCCAACGCAGCUUGGGCAGCUUAUUACUCGCACUACUACCAGCAGCCUCCUGGUCCGGUUCCGGGAGCACCGCCCGCCCCCACGGCGCCACCCGUGCAAGGAGAACCACCGCAGCCGCCCCCUACCGGGCAGUCGGACUACACUAAAGCAUGGGAGGAGUAUUAUAAGAAGCUAGGCCAGCAGCCCCAACAGCCUGGAGCUCCACCGCAGCAGGACUAUACGAAAGCUUGGGAAGAAUAUUACAAGAAGCAGGCUCAGGUAGCUACAGGAGCGGCAGGGCCAGCGGCACCCCCGGGCCCUCAGCCAGACUACAGCGCGGCUUGGGCAGAAUACUACAGACAACAAGCUGCCUACUACGGACAGACGCCUGGGGCCGGGGGGCCGGUGCCACCGCCCACACAGCAGGGACAGCAGGCUCAGUGAGUUGAAUGUCAACCUCCCCAUCUCUGAGAAUCUUUUUGUUUUUUGGGGGGGGCAAGAGGUGGCCGCUGCAGGAAGCGACGGGGUGGGAAGGAAGCUGGCCUUGUUGCUCUGAUUCGCUAGGCUUCUUCGGGGAAAUCUUGGCCGACGCCGCCUUCAAGUCUCUUUAAAGUAAAAUCCAAAAACUCCAAAAAAAAAAAAAGACCCACAAAACAACCCAGCCCACAAAUGUUGAGCCAGCAGCCGUAGAAGAUAGCCGACUAAAAAACGCUGCCGCCAGACCCUCCCCCUCCCCCCCCCCCCGCCUGACACGCACCUCAGUUUUUCAGGGUAACACUUCCUCCUUUUUUUCUUUCUGUUUCGUUAAAAAAAAAACUUUACAAGGAAAAAGUCACUCUGCUUUUUAGUUAGGGUUGGAACAUUCCUCGGACAACGGUGUUGGUGUUUCAGACAACCCCCUCCUCCCCCCACCCUUCCGUUUCUCCACCGCUGGGACUGAUCCGUCGUGUUUUUUGUCUGUUCAAGAGGAGAUUGAAACAAACAAAAUUGUAUGCUCAAGUUUUUACUUUUUACCGCUCGUUUUUAACUUCACAAAUAAAUGAUAACGGAAAAAAAACCAUCCCCCUGUGUCUGCCGGGUGGUGUCUGUCCGUCUUUCUCUCUCUCUCUCUUUCUCUUUUCUCUCUCUCUCUCUCUCUCUUUCUGUCCAUAGGGUUUUUUUGAAGCUGAUGUUUGUUCACAGUAUAGCUGUUGUAAAAGCCUGAAUAAUGGUCAUGAAUUUAAAAAAAAAAAAAAAGAGCUUCCUGUGUUUUUAUAGUUUGAGCAGGCAAUUGUGCAUUUUUGUUGAAUAAAAUGCUUUUUUGUUUUAAAAA